AUGGCGGUAUUGCCAAGUCAACAACAACAACCACACGGCGUAAAAAUAGGAGUUGAACUUGUCAUCAAACUCGUCGCGUCCGCUCGAUCGUCCGGUAAGAAACCACUUUUUGUGCUUUUCUCGCUUUGUUGCGUCGUCGCAUUCGUCUCCUUGUUGGUGGUUGACGGGGGAAAUGCGCUCGGAUUCUCCCCUUCUGUUUCAACGAUACAGACGACGAUAAAAGAGGAAAAGGAGGAUUCUUUGAAGACGAUGAAGAAAGACGAGGAUAAAACGCUCGAUUUCUGGGAAAAACUAGCCAACCUCGCCUUGUUUGCGGCGUGUAUAGCGACGAUUGGGAUUUUGGUUUUAGCGAGACGGGCGCGGAAGAAUAGUAGUCAUGUUAAAAUAGAAGGGCAACCGGCGACGAUACCGGCGAAUGCGAGUGGGCAACAGAAAAGUUGGAACGGAAGUCACUGGGUGGAACAAACGACACAUGCGACGUCGGUGUUAUCGAGUCCGUACCGGAAUUCACCGUCGACGACGACGAGUUCGAGUUCGUCGAGACCGCCGGACGCCAACUGGGCGAAAGCGAAAGCGCCGACGAGCGUGUGGAGUAAAGGGAGCGAGAGCGCGAAUACUAACGGUACAAACAUUAACGAAACUUUGGACGAGGAUAAAACUGAGUUUGCGACUGGAUUUGGGUACAGCGAAGGCGCGACGAGUGAGACGGCCAGAGAACGCGCGUAUCGGGAAACGCUCUGGGCGAGACGAGAGGCGGAGGAAUUGGAAGCGGAGGAGAACGAGGAAGAUCAGAGGAACCAUCACGAGUAUUUCACCAAACACGAGGAGAAGGAGGAUAGACGCGGGGGCAAUACGAGCACGAACACUAGGCAACACCAACACCAACAAAAACCCUCCUCCUCGGUAUCCUCUUCGAAAAAAGAAAAAGAAUCCGCCUCGGCGAAACGGGAACGCCGCUGGUCCAAAUUCGACCAGCGCUGGGAAUCCCUCGACGCCUCCUCCGCCACCUCUCGCCUCCCGCUGACGUACAACGACAUCCCGUGGCCGCCAAAAAUGGCAAAACUCUUAGAACGCAAAGUUUCCGAACAAGAAAAACACCACCAACAUCAAGGGACAAGCAUCAGCAAGAAAAAAGUCUACCGCGAGCUCAUCCUCCGCUGGCAUCCGGACAAGUUCAUGCAAAAAUACGGGAAGAGAGUUCGAGCGGGAGGCGACGAGGAUAGAAUUAAAGAGAGAGUAGAUGCGGUCGCCAAAGCGCUCAGCGCCAGCAUGUCCUCCUCAGUCUCCUCCUAG